AUGGCCCCAGCUAAGAAGAAGAAUGCCGAAGGUAUCAACUCGCGCCUGGCGCUUGUGAUCAAGUCUGGUAAAGUCACUCUCGGAUACAAGUCAACCCUCAAGACCCUCCGCUCUGGCAAGGCCAAGCUCGUCAUCAUCGCCGGCAACACACCUCCUCUCCGCAAGAGUGAACUCGAGUACUACGCCAUGCUCGCAAAGUGCAACGUCCACCACUUCGCCGGAAACAACAUUGAGCUUGGAACUGCUUGUGGUAAGCUGUUCCGUUGCUCCACCAUGGCUGUAUUGGAUGCUGGUGACUCUGAUAUCUUGAGCGGCGAGAGUGCUUAG